GACACGCGCUAGGCCGAAUUGAGACGCCGCAGCUGCACCUCGCGCGAACAACGGAUGACAAUCAUUGUGAUCUCCAACGCGUGAGAAGCUUAGCUCUAGGCGCGAGUAGAGCUCAGGCCCCUCCUUUGGUCCAUAGUUUACAAUCGCCACAAGUCGCGUGAAUUGCUUGUCAAUCAGGGUCCAGCCCUUUCAAACCUCCGCCCUUUGGUCCGAUCUAACCCCCAUCCCGCGCACCACAGUACAUCAAACAAGCUUCUGCCUCACCCGCGCACUGGUUGACGCUAUUCGGCCACCUGCAGGUCUGCGACGACAUCUCCAAGUCCCUGCUGAUGAGCUGCCUGGCCCUGUUUCAGCCGGCUUAGAUCUUAGCUCCGCCCUCCGCCCUGCGCGUACAUUCUCGCAAAACACCUCGACACCCCGUACCCCAACGGCACGAGCGACCUGCGCACACCCCACACCACCCAACUCGCCUACCCUCGCCGCCAUGAACACGUCGCCGAACGGCUACUACGGCAGACCGCCGCCAAUGAUGAACCCGCCGCCUCCGCGCAUGUUCGGCAGUGGCCAGUUUGACCAACCGCAGCUUCCCCCGAACAUGUUUGCGCCGGAUGAUGUGGAUGAUCUCAACGACCAGGGUGACCCAAAGAGGAGAAGAAUAGCUAGGGCCUGCGACAUGUGCCGAAAGAAGAAGAUCAAGUGUGACGGCAAGAUGCCCUCAUGCACACAUUGCCAGAACUACAAGACGGAAUGUAUCUUCACACAGGUCGAGAAGAAGCGGCAGCCGCCGAAAGGUGCCAAGUACAUCGAAGGCCUCGAGAACCGUCUAGCACGGAUGGAGUCGUUGAUGCGUCUAUCUGGUGUGCUACCAGAAGAUGACGAUGGCAGCACAGACCUUGCCACCAUCGAGAAGCGUUUGACCGACCGAGCUGCCCGCUCAGCAACACCCAGGCAGUCAGAAGAUAGGAGGCAGUCGACAGUACCUCAAUCAGGCACAUCCACGAAUGACGGCACCCCAGCACAACCGACACUGCCAAGCCCAAGAAGCGGCACAGCAUCACCUGAGCCAGAAGCCCAAGCAGAAGGGGAAAGGAAAGGGAAAGGGAAAGAUGGCGAAGACGCACUUGCUGAGAUGAUGUGCUCCCUGGUCACAAACAACUACGGCGAGACCAGGUACAUUGGUUCGUCUUCAGGAUUCUCCAUCUUCUCGCCAAAGGGCAUCCAGUGGGUGAACGAAAAGACUGGCGACAACUCCUUUCAACACAUGAUCUCAACAGCGGCCGUAGAAGAUAACAAGUGGAUACAGUGGCGACCAGAUGUAUUCCAGGACAUCUUUAAACGCCGAGUGUACAAGCAACUGCCGCCAAAGCACGAGGCCUUGUCGUUGCUCAAGGACUACUUCGAGAACUUCAAUUGUAUGUUCCCGCUGUUCCACGAACCGACCUUCAUGCACCUUGUCGAGAAACAUUACUCGAAAGACCCUUACGAGGGAUCUGGCUGGUGGGCAAGCCUGAACGUCGCAUUAGCCUUCGCUCAUCGUUUGCGAGUCAUGAGCAACCUCGUACCGGCAGAAGAGGACGAAAAAGCGUGGCAGUAUCUGAAGAACGCCAUGAGUGUCAUGGUCGAACUGACCAUGCGCAACACCGAUCUGCUCAGUGUACAGGCUCUAUUGGGCAUUGGCUUGUUCUUGCUUGGCACACCCAACCCACAACCCACGUACUUCUUCGUUGCAACGGCAAUGCGACUCGCACACAGCAUUGGUUUGCACAAGAAGGGAGCCAACUUCAACCUCAACAACGCCGAGGUCGAGCAGCGGAAGCGUGUUUUCUGGAUUGCCUAUAUGCUCGACAAGGACAUUUGCCUGCGCUCUGGGCGACCACCCAUCCAGGACGAUGACGAUAUGAACGUCGAGCUACCUAGCGAAUUCCCAUCCGAUAAUAUUGGCAACAUUCCGCUUGCGGAUGGGAAAGGCACAAUGAACCUUUUCCGCCUCAUGUGCACGUUCUCCACCAUCCAGAGCAAGGUCUACAAAGGUUUAUACUCGGUCAAAGCCUCGAAACAGACGGAUGGCGAGCUUCUCAAUACGAUUGGCGAACUCGACAGAGAACUUGAGAGCUGGAAAGACGGCAUCGCGCUUGAAUUCCGACCUGAGCACGACAUCAAGGCCUCGCAUACGCCUCUCAUUCUCCAGGUCGCAGUGCUGCACCUUGGCUACUACAACUGUCUGACAACAAUCCACCGCAUGAGCGUGCACCAUGGCUACUGGACAAGUCGACUAUCGAACUUUGCCAUCCAAGGGCUUAAUGCACGUCCGCUAAACCCCCGAGUGUUCAUGUCAGCACAGCUCUGCGUGCAAGCAGCGCGAGCAUCCAUCCACCUUCUCAAGUACAUCCCUAAGGGUGAUCUCUCGUGUGUGUGGCUGGUCAUCUAUUUUCCUGUCACAGCGCUUGUUACGUUAUUUGCAAACAUCUUACAGAACCCGCAGGACACAAGAUCAAGAUCGGAUCAUAAGCUCAUGAAGCUGGUGGUCAAUUUCUUGAACAUGCUGAAUGAUGAGCAAGGCAGUGGAAGUGUCAAGCGCAUGUGCAGUGUAUGCGCCGAGUUCGAGCGCAUUGUGGCCAUUGUGCUUGAUAAGGGGGACAGAGAAAAUGCCUCACGACGCAAGAGAAAGCAAGGCAACAACGAACAGGAUGCACAGAUUGAAGCCACAGCAGCUGAGCUGUUGUCAACAAGACGCAGCUCGCAUUCGCAAUCAUCGCCCAACGUUGCGCCAUCACCACAGCAGCAGCCUCCUCAGCAGGAAGGUCUCAUCUUCAACCCCGACUUCCAUGGCUUCAAUGAGCCUUUCCCAUUCUCACCAAAUUUCACACAUGCCUCAUUGCAGGCCAGCGCGCCGACGCGUCAAUACGGCUCACCCUCCAUGACUGCACAGAUGCUCCAGCAACAAGGUGGCCUUCCGAUGACAACAAGUGCUGACGUCAAUGGCAUCAAUAACAACCUCAACUCGAUAGCAAUGGGUCAAUUCGACCAGACGUUUAACAACGUACCACAAGAUCUGUGGAAGAUGCCUAUGACGCUUGAGUGGGACUGGGCAGACAUGACUGGCUACAAUGGCUAUGAAGAUGGCAUUAGCAUGAAUGGCGUGAUGCCAGACUUCUCGCAAACGGACCACGGGACGAGCCAGUUUAAUCACAAUAAUAUGAACGGUGGUCGGUAACUGGGAAGACGGAAUAGGCGCACAAGUGGAAUUUCCACCCUUCUCAACCUUAAUGUCGAAUGUAUAGUUUACAAUGUUGUAUGGUAAAGGUAGAGCGACGCACUUAUAAGUGCACAUAUACGAAUGAACGAUCACGACUGCUGCAGAAGAGAAGCGUCUACCGAGUCUUUGAAGCGAUACGUUCGGAGAUCUCGGCUUGCCCCG